AUGGCUCGCAAGAAGGUGACCCUCCAGUACAUCCCCAACGACUCGACCCGGCGUGGCACCUUCAAGAAGCGCCGUCGGGGCCUGAUGAAGAAGGCCAGCGAGUUGGCCAUCUUGUGUGACGUCAGGGCGUGCGUGCUGGUGUACGGCGAGGGAGAGACGAUGCCGGAGGUGUUCCCAUCGCACGCUGGGGCGGCGAAAAUCCUGAACAUAUUCAGGAAGAUGCCGGAGCUAGAGCAGUGCAAGAAGAUGAUGAACCAGGAGGGCUUUCUCCGCCAGCGCAUCGACAAGCUCCGGGACCAGGUCCACAAGUUCGGGCGCGAGAGCCGGGACCGCGAGAUUAGGGUCCUCCUGCACAAGGCCAUGCGCGGCAGCCUCCCUGGCCUCGUCGGCCUCAACAUUGAGGAGCUCACCAGCGUCGGCUGGAAGGUCGAAAUGCUCCUCAAGGGCAUCGGCGAUCGCAUCGCGAAACUCCGGGGGCAGCCGCCGACUCCAUACCUGACCGGCAACUUGGACAUGGGGUCUUCUGCGGUAUAUCAGUCGCUGCCUACACAGGAGGGCUGUCUUGACAUGGUUAGAUCCGGAGGGGACCUCGGUGCUCUUGUCUGUAGUGGCUACUCUGGUGGCCACGAUGCCGCAAGCACCAGCGCCAGCGUCGGCUACUCCGACGGUGAUAUGAUGCAACCCUUUGAUCUAGGGUUCGGUUGGCAGUGGGGCACCGAUCUUGGAGCAUCUUCGAGUCCUUUCCCUCCCAUGUAG